AUUUCAGCCGGUCGGGGUCCUUUCACGGCACAGCACGAAAACGCCAGUUAGCUUGUAGCUUUUGGUUAGCAGGCAUGUUGCGGUUAAAUGAGCGGUGACAGAGGAAUAAUUAUAUAGUGGAAGGGUCUACGCUAAGACUGGAGUGAACUAUUCAUGUGUCUUGUCUGAAUAAAAGCGUUGAAGGUGUUUUCCGGUGUUGAGUGAAGAUGUGGAGCUCCGGCCGCCGUGUCCUUCAGGAUCUGCUCAGCAAGCCCGCUGCUGUCAGGAGCUUCUCUCUGACUCCUGCUCAGAGCACAGUCGUGGUGGAGCGCUGGUAUCAGGUGCCCUUGUCAAAAAAAGGCAGUCCGCCGAGGCUUCACCCUCGUAGACACAGAAUCUACAGGUUGGUUGAAGACACCAAACAUGCUCCCAAAGAGAAGUUGGAGCUCAUCCUGACGCAGACCGUACCCAAGCUCGGUGGACGAGGAGACACUGUGUUUGUGAAAAAGUCUUUUGGCAGAAACAAGCUGCUGCUUCAAGGCCUCGCUGUGUAUCCAUCACCGGAGAACAAACAGAUAUUUGCUGAGGAGUUAAGACUUUUACGUGAAGGUAAACCAGAGGACAGAGUCCAAACACGUACUGGACAAAUGACAGUUAAGUUCCUUAAAAACUCCAAAUUGACCAUAAACAAAAUGCCCUCAGAAGAAUUCCAGGUUACUAAAGAGGUCGUCCAGAGACAGUUACUCAAGAAGCUCGGACUUGUUGUGCCACCUCAUGCAUUGAGUCUCCCAUUUGAGUCCGUCAAAGAGUUGGGUGACUACUGGUGUGAAGUUACGGUAAAUGGAAUAGACACCGUCCGCAUCCCUGUGUCAGUGGUGCCAUUCGAAGACCCGUCAGCAAGCUAUCGGCGGCAGUUAAAAGCACAAGAGCAGGAAGCCACAGGUGUUCCAGACCUGGCUGGUGUUGAUGUUUCUGCAGUGGGGCCGAUGUCUGGUACUGUAGUGGAGGUGGUUUCUGACGCUGCAGUGGAGACGGUGUCUGACGCUGCAGUGGAGGCGGUGUCUGACGCUGCAGUGGAGGCGGUUUCUGAAGCUGCAGUGGAGGCGGUGUCUGACGCUGCAGUGGAGGCGGUGUCUGACGCUGCAGUGGAGGCGGUUUCUGAAGCUGCAGUGGAGGCGGUGUCUGACGCUGCAGUGGAGGCGGUGUCUGAUGUUGCAGUGGAGGCGGUGUCUGACGCUGCAGUGGAGGCGGUUUCUGAAGCUGCAGUGGAGGCGGUGUCUGACGCUGCAGUGGAGGCGGUUUCUGACGCUGCAGUGGAGGCGGUUUCUGAAGCUGCAGUGGAGGCGGUUUCUGAAGCUGCAGUGGAGGCGGGUUCUGAAGCUGCAGUGGAGGCGGUUUCUGACGCUGCAGUGGAGGCGGUUUCUGACGCUGCAGUGGAGGCGGUGUCUGACGCUGCAGUGGAGGCGGUGUCUGACGCUGCAGUGGAAGCUAAAGCUGGUAAAGACUCUGUGAGUCAAGUUAGUGAAGCUUCAGCCUCAGAAGGAGCCUCUGCCGCUAAAGAAACUGCAGCAAGUGAAGACACAACAGCACCACCAAGUGACAACCCCAAGAAAGAUUAAAGAAUUAAUAAGUCCGUAGAGCUGAAAUAGAUAUUGUUUUCCAGUAAUACACAUUACAUAUGCAGAAAAAAA